AUGAAAGAAGAAGAAGAAUCUUUAUCUUUAUAUAGUAAUAUGGAACCAACCAAAGGCAACCAAAUGGAGUUGAAAUACCUGGGCAUCCGCCGCCAGCCGAAAUACGAGACCCCAACAAAAAUGGGGCCCGCGUUUGCUCGGCACUUUCGAGACUGCCGAGCAAGCCGCCAGGGCUUACGACCUCCGGGGCCACCUCGCGAUUCUCAAUUUUCCGAAUACGACCUCCGGGGCCACCUCGCGAUUCUCAAUUUUCCGAAUGACGGCCAAUACCGAGACCCCGGGCCAGCCAUGCCAAGUAUGGUUAUUGCGAACAAUUGA